UUCCCAGCUCUACCACCACUCCCCCGCUUACUCCGGCCAAGAUAAUCCAAUCUUAAUUUCUUCGUUGAUCCUCCACGAGUGGAUAAGUCCUAUAGAAUGUUUUCUUGAUUAGAUUCAUCCCCUUAGCCUCCUUUUUUUCCUCCAAUCAAUCCUUCUACGGAUAAUACCUAUAAAAAGGCCUCCACCAUCCGUCUUUCUCCCAUAGUUCGUUAAUGGCUAUUGGAUGGCCGAGGACAUGAGGAAGCAGAGGAGGAGUCGAGCUGCCGCUUCUUUAAGUCGAUGAAAAAGAAGGUCUGUGAUUUCGCCGGUCCGAUCAUCGUCGGCGCCGGCCCGUCUGGGUUCGCCGUCGCAGCCUGCUUCAAGAGCCGCGGCAUAGAGAGCCUCAUCCUCGAGCGCGCUCACUGCGCCGCCUCUUUGUGGCGGCUCAAAACCUACGACCGCCUACGCCUCCAUCUGCCCAAAUCCUUCUGCGAGCUCCCCCUCAUGCCCUUCCCCGCCGCCCUCCCGCGCUACCCCACCAAGCGCCAGUUCCUCUCCUACCUCGACGCCUACGCCGCCGAGUUCGGCCUCCGCCCGCGCUUCGGCGUGGCCGUCGUAUCCGCCGAGCGCGACGCUUCCACGGGCCUCUGGCGCCUCCGCGCUGACUCCGGCGAGGAGUUCACGACCCGGUGGCUGGUGGUGGCCACAGGGGAGAACGCAGAGCCUGCGGUGCCGAGGAUCCCGGGGAUGCCCAGCUUCCUGGGGCCGGCGCUGCAUACCAGCGCCUACCGUAGCGGCGAGGCCUACCGGGGGAAGCGCGUCCUCGUCGUCGGCUGUGGCAACUCCGGCAUGGAGGUCGCCCUCGAUCUAUGCGACUACAAUGCGAUCCCUACCAUCGUCGUUAGAGACACCGUCCACAUAUUGCCACGUGAAAUGCUGGGCCAGUCGACCUUUGGACUGUCGAUGUGGCUGUUGAAGUGGCUUCCGGUUCGGACGGUGGACCGUCUCCUGCUCAUCGUCGCCCGUCUCAUGCUCGGUGACACGGCCAGGCUCGGCCUGCCCCGGCCCAAGCUCGGCCCGCUCGAGUUGAAGUCGCUCACCGGUAAGACCCCCGUCCUCGACGUCGGCACCUUAGCCAACAUCAAGUCCGGCUAUAUUAAGGUUCGGCCAGCGAUUAAGCGGAUUACGGAGAAAGGAGCAGAGUUUGUGAAUGGAAGAAUCGAAGAGUUCGACGUGAUCAUCUUGGCAACCGGAUACAAGAGCAAUGUACCUCGUUGGCUAAAGGAAAGUGAUUUGUUCUCGGAGGAGGAUGGUUUGCCGAGGAAACCAUUCCCGAAUGGAUGGAAAGGGCAGAAUGGGCUCUAUGCGGUUGGAUUCACAAAGCGAGGCUUGCUCGGGGCGUCGCUCGAUGCAGUGAGGAUUGCUCAAGACGUGGAGUUGUGUUUACAAGGCCGAGAAUAAGCUCGUUCAAUAGUAAUCUGAUUGUUUGGUGCGUUUCGUUGCCUGUGAGAAUUAAUGAAUUAAGCUAGCUAGCCAGUAAUAUGUAUAUACAUAUGUAAAUGACAUUUUUUUUUUCUUUUUUCUUUUCCCAGCUGAUCACUGAUGAUAUUUAGUGUGAGUGAAAAAAAGAGGAGAGGUUGAUGCCUCCAAUCUGACACCAAAUCAAAUGUCCCCUCUAC